AUGACUUCUCAAGCUGAUCAAAUGUUAAGUAUACUUGAAGAUACAGCAGCGUUGCUAAAGAAAACACAGACAAAUCUUAAGAAGUGCCCCAAAGAACGUUUAUCGAAAGCAGGUUAUAUACAAACAAGAAUAGAAACCCUUGAACAAUAUUGGAACACAUUUAAACAAGCACAUCAAGACUUAUUAAAGUGCACCACGCGUGAACAACGUGGCGUGUUGUCAUAUUUUGUCAAUGAGGAGUUCUUCAUACAAGAAGAUCUGUACUUAUGUAUGUUAGGCGAUCUUAAAGACUUGUUGGCAGCACAUCAUAAGAAGACGUCCGACCAUUCUAAAUGUACCUCACAAUCUGCGGCCCAGCUGAAAACUCUCCUGGACACCACUAGUGAGAUCAUCAACAGCUUGGAAAAUUUGAAAGUGUUUACCGGCUCCUGGGAUCCUAUAAUUGUAUUUCUGGUCGUGCAGAAGUUGGACCCGGAGUCGCACAAGGAAUGGGAGCAGUCUGCUUGUUCGGUGAAUCCAGAAAGCUUAUCUACUUGGAAAGACUUGCGCGAGUUUUUAGAGUCUACAUUCCGGACACUUGAGCUUGUUAAUCCUACCACUAGUACCAGAACCACAAAAGAACGCGUGCUGCAUGUUUCUACGUCUUCAAAUGAUCAGAAGAAAUCAUGUGCUUUAUGUAAGGAUACACACACACUAUGUCACUGCAACGCGUUUAACAAAAUGGCACUUAAUGAACGAAGAGAACAUGUCAAAACAAACAAGCUCUGUUUCAACUGCUUAGCAGCAGGACACUCAGUAUUUAAGUGUCGCAUGCCAAUGUCCUGCCGUAUUUGUAAACGACGCCACCACACACUUUUGCAUCAACCCAAGAAUACGAAUGAGUUGGCUUCUCAUGUAGAACCUCAGCAAGCGACGUCAUCACAAGCAGAUGCAGAAGAGAAGAUUCAGGCAAUGGUAGCGUCACAUCAUAUUUCUGGGCAGAAGAUUGCAUUAUUAGCUACCGCAGUAGUUAUUCUGAAGAGUGAAAAUGGUUACACUACUGCAUUGAAGGCGCUGAUAGAUUCAGGAUCUCAAGCAUGUUUUAUAAGCGAGAAGGCAACUCAGAUCCUGAAACUCAAUAAAUAUCCAGUGAACCUAAUCGUCUCCGGAAUGGAAUCAAUGAAAGUCAGAGUCAAGCACGAAGUCGAAGUACAAGUAUUGUCACGAUGGGAAGACAACUUUAACUUACCUAUUAAAGCCUACGUGAUGUCUAAGCCCUUGACUUCAAACAUCAACCCCUCAAGCGUAGUCACGGAGACUGAUUGGCCGCAUUUAUCAAGCAUCCAGCUCGCAGAUGAAAACUGUUUUGCAUCUGGAACUAUAGAUCUGUUAUUAGGAGUAAACGAGUACGUAGCAAUUUUGAAGCAAGGUCUCAUCAAGGGCCCACCAGGUACUCCAUGCGCUCAAAACACUCACCUGGGAUGGAUCCUGAUGGGUGGAACUACAUUGAAUGUUAACUCUAGAGAAAAUUCCAUUCAGGUCAUGAAGCAAGAAGUUAAUAUUGAAGAUUUACUCAAAACAAUAUGGGAAAUUGAUGUAGACUCAAAGAGAACACCUACUCUAAAGGAACAACUAUGUGAAAAUAUCUACAAGAAAACACACAAGCGUGUUAAGGAAGGCAAAUACAUUGUCCGACUACCUUUUAAUACAGAAAAUCCAAAAUCAGCUGAAGGAAACACGCGAGAAAUAGCAAAAAGAAGAUUUGUGCAUUUAGAAAGAAGAUUUAGUCAGAAUAAAGACCUGAAACAAGAAUAUACGAAGGUGAUUGAAGAGUAUAAAGAAUUAAAACACAUGGAAGAAGUGCCUACUAAAGAAAUGAACAGUAAAUCAGUUUACUUACCACAUCAUGCGGUGAUUCGAAAUGAUAAAGAAACUACUAAGACACGAGUUGUAUUCGACGCAUCGUGCAAGGGCUCCAACGGCAUUUCUCUGAACGAUGAACUCCUCGUAGGACCAAUCCUGCAAGAAGACCUUAGGAGUAUAAUUGUUAGAUGGCGUAUGCAUGCUAUAUGUUUUGCCUCUGACAUUCAGAAAAUGUAUAGGAUGGUCUGGAUUGAUAGAGAAGAUGCUGACUUUCAGAGAAUUCUGUGGAGAAAUGAUCCAAGCGAUGACAUUAAAGAAUACAGGCUCUUGACGGUUACUUUUGGAACAGCAUCUGCGCCAUAUCUCGCUAUAAGAACACUCAUGCAAUUGGCAGAUGAUGAAGGAGAAAGGUUUCCCGAAGCCGCACGAAUUUUACGUGAAGAUUUCUAUGUUGAUGACGUCAUGUCCGGGUGUGAUAAUUUGAAAGAAGCAGUGAGAAUUAGCCAAGAUUUGAAAGGAUUACUUAAGCUAGGUGGAUUUGAACUAAAAAAGUGGUCUUCUAAUAGUCGUGAAUUCAUGGAAACAAUUGAUCCAAACGAAAGAUCAUCUAAUGCUCACCUGAAACUGAAUGUUGAUGGAGUCAUUAAAGCCCUGGGUAUACAAUGGAAUUUGGGGAAAGAUCAAUUCGAAUACAGCCUAAACUUACCUCCUAUCGGCAAUGUCAUUACGAAGCGUAGCAUACUCUCAGAUAUCCAACGGCUAUUCGAUCCUCUGGGAUGGAUCGCACCUUGUCUUGUGAUGUCAAAGAUUCUUAUCCAGCAACUCUGGCUUGAAAAGGUUGAGUGGGAUGAAGCUGUAAAUCCGACAUUAGCUGAAAAAUGGUCUACAAUUCGAUCUGACCUUGAAAAUGUAAACGGAAUAUGCAUAAAUAGAUGGAUGGGCACCUCAAGUUCAAACAAAGAUUGUAUUGAAAUUCACGGAUUCAGUGACGCGUCCGUACAAGCAUAUGGUGCUGUAGUGUAUUGCCGCGUUACAUACUCAGAUGGCUCUGUAAAAACUUCUAUAGUCGCAGCAAGAACAAGAGUAGCCCCCUUAAAGACCAUAUCGUUACCACGGCUAGAAUUGUGUGGAGCUCUACUGUUAUCCAGGCUUUUAAAACAAAUAGGGAAGGCCUUGAGAUUACCUGCAUCACAGAUAUACGCGUGGACGGAUUCUUCAAUUGUUAUCUCUUGGAUAUUUGGAGACCCUAACAAAUGGAAAACCUUUAUAGCUAACCGUGUUGUCGAGAUCACGACUAACGUCAAAGGCAGUCAGUGGUACCACGUAAAAUCUGAUGAUAAUCCAGCUGACAUUGCAUCAAGGGGAAUGACAGUAGCAAAUCUUAAAACAUGCAAAUUGUGGUGGAAUGGACCAGACUGGUUACCACAACCGAAGAUACAGUUCACUAGACCUAACAUUUUACCUACAGAGUUAGAAAGGAAGAAAGAUACUUUACAAACGUUAAACAUGAUGCACGGUGAAAACGAAGAAGAAAAGAAAUUAUGGACACAAUUCAAUGACUUUGAUUCAUUAAUUCAAUUAUUGAGAACAAUCACAUACAGCCGACGAUUUCUGAAACAAAAAACAUAUAAGGAAAAAAUAAACUCACCAAUUACAACUGAAGAACUCCAACUCUCCCUGCAAACCUGCAUAAAAAAGGCACAAGAAGAAGAAUUCGUCGAUGAGAUAAAUGCACUGAAAGGAAAGAAAACAAUAAAAAAAUCAAGCAAAAUAAAAUCUCUAAACCCUUACCUGGAUAACGCUGGAAUCCUCAGGGUGGGCGGUAGGCUCAGGAACGCGGACCUAGAUGAAGAAAGCAAACAUCCUGUAAUCCUCGGUCGAAACAGUAGACUUACCGUUCUCCUAGUAGCAGAAGCGCACACGAAGACGUUGCAUGGUGGAACUCAAUUGAUGCUUACCUACCUGAGAUCGAAGUACUGGAUACUGAGAGCAAAGGCAUUAGCCAAAAGGGCGAUGGUGUGA